AUGAAUGGAAUUUCACGAGCAGCUGUCACCAAAAGUGUAUGGUUGUUGACGACAGGUCUGAAUCAAGGUGUAUCGAAACUGAUUGGACAAAGCGUACAUCGUUUUACUUUACUAAACAAGAACUUAUCCAAACCAACUAUUAUUGGAUUGACUAGUUGGGGUACGUUAACAGAACAUACUCAAAAAGUGCUCAAGUAUCAGACAUCAGAACAUGUAGAUAACAUGGAUUUUAUACAAUGCGAUGAAGAAGAUUCAUUGGAAAGUUUAAAUUGGAACGAAUACAAUACACUUGAUAAGUACCAUAGUCAUUUUCUUCUACUGGACGAUGGUCGUAUGAAUGUUUAUCUGGAUGAUCGUCCUCGUUCAGAUUUCGUUCAAAAAAUGUGUUCUAAGACGAACUGUCAUUCGAUAACAAUUAUUAUUGAAGGUGGUUUCAAUACACUUGAAGUCAUUAAAAAUGAUUUAAAAAAUAAACGACCAGUUGUUAUCAUUCAUGGUAGUGGCCGGUUAGCAAAUGUACUCGGUACAUUACUUGAAGUAUCAAGCAAGAAAAAUACACUUGAAAACACUGACGUGGAACAGCAAAUUGCAUUAUUUUUUCCUGAACACGAGCGAGAACUUGACGAAGUUAUUAUGCAAAACAUCAUUGCCAAUAUAAGAGAAGUGUUAAAGAUGGAAUAUCGUAAUUAUUUAAAUAUAUUUAAACUCGAGCGUGACGCAAGUCUUACUGAUACAAUUAUUAAAGCUAUGGAUAAAGUUCAAAGCAAUUCAGUACAACAAAGAAAUUUAUUAAGAUUAGUUGUUAGCUGGAAUUAUGUACACAGAGUACAAAAUAUACCUAAACAUUUAGAAGACGAUCAAACACUCUAUCCUAGUCUGUUUCAACAAGCAUUGAAAGAAAAUCGACCAGUAUUUGUUGACUAUUUUCUACGACGAUAUUAUAAUCCUCUUACAACAACGACAUAUAUUGAAUCUAAGAAAUCUUUGGAGAAUAAUGGUGUUAGAUCCAGGAGCUAUUCGAGUAUAGUUGACUCGAAGCAAAAGCUGUCGGAACCGAGCAUAGUUACUAAAGAAAAGUUGCGCGUUGCAUGUGCUUUCAAACUUAUUAUUGAUGAACUCUAUCAAUCCCUUGAAGCAUCUUCUAAUUAUUGGAACAUUCCGAAAACAUUAGAGGAGCUUGAUAAAUAUUAUAUGGAUCUAGUUGGCUCAUACGCAAAAUCAUUCUAUUUUCAACAGAAUCUAUCCGAUCAAUUACGACUAAAUGCAGCACUAAUUGCAGCAUGUAUCGCUCGGCGUCUUUCAUUGUUUGCUAUUAAUUUGGACUUACGCCGCACAUUCGAUCAACAGACAAAAGAUUAUGAAGAAUAUGCGAGCGCUUGUGUAACAGCUUGUUAUAAACAUAAUGAACGACUAGCUUGUCAGCUUCUUGUACGUGAAAAUUUAUUAUUUGGAGAUGUAACCUGUAUGCAAAUAGCCAUUGCAUCUCGUAAUAUUCCAUUUAUCAACACAGAUUGUUUUAACACAGUUCUUACUAAAGGAUGGGUUGAUCAAUUAGCUUGCAAUAUAACUGAACCGUCAAACUCAACAGUCAAUUUCCUAGUCAGUCUGUUAACACUAGGAUUGGCUGCACCGUACUUAAUGAAAUAUCGUGAAGCAGAUACUGAUAACGGAACAAAUCAAGAUCAUUCUGAGAAAAAUGCUGUCACUGAUCAACGUUAUCGAAGAUGGAAAGGAAUCGAAGAUGGGAUAGUUGAGUUUCCUAAUUACUGGCAAAAAUUGUUGUAUUUUCAUUCAGCUCCUAUUGUCAAAAUGAACUAUGAUUUCGUGAGUAGUUAUAAAUGUCAAUUUACUUUGUUCAGUUAUGUGGUUCUAUUUAAUAUGAAACGCGAUGAAAAUUUAUUUUGUUGGACAAAAAUCUAUUUGAUUAUCACUGUUUCGGCAAUGCUACUCGAAGAUUUUCGUCAAUUUCUCGCCGAUCUUUAUACACAAAUGGUAGAAAAACAGGAUAAGUCACGCUCAUGGAUAGCACCUUUUCGUGCAAUGAUCUAUAUUCUUUUUUAUAUUGGUAUUAUAUUUCAUUUUAAAUCAACUAAUCGACCUGGCUUAUUUAAAGUUGCUCGAAUUAUUCUUGCUAUUGAUCUGGAACUUUGGUUUCUCUUCUCAUUACGAUUUGUUAGUGCUAUUAGACUUUUAGGACCAAAACUCUUCAUGAUUCAAAAUAUGGUGCGUGAUUUGUUGGCUUUCAUUUAUAUUAUUUUUGUGUGUAUCGUCACAGUAUAUUGA